CAUGGUUGUCUUUACUGUAACAACUGUCUGUACAAAAUCCAAAAUCCAAAACUCCACCAACAAGACCACACCUUUUUAACUAUUUCCAGACCCGUCGGACCCAAUUCGGGCACUCCCCUUCGACCAGGACCUCCCGCAUUCCACUACAGCCACCACUCACACUCGCCGCACUGUCUGACGAACUCCUCCUGAUAUAUAUCGGAGAUGGCGAAAGCUUCCAAGGGCCACCACGAUGAAUUUGAAGACGAUGAUGAAGAGUCUCAUGGAGGGAAUUUGGCAGUGAAGGUAGAAGGGCAAGGCAGGGAAAAGAACCGGUCCAAGCAUUCCGAGACUGAGCAGCGUAGGAGGAGCAAGAUUAAUGAGAGAUUUCAGAUGUUGAGAGAUCUCAUACCCAAAAAUGAUCAGAAAAGGGAUAAGGCCUCAUUCUUGUUGGAGGUUAUAGAGUAUAUACAAUUUUUACAGGAGAAGGUAAAUUUGUAUGAGGGAUACCAAGGAUGGAGUCCAGAGCCCACAAAAUUGAUGCCAUGGAAAAAUCAUAAUAGGCCUGGAGAAAAUUUUGUAGAUCAGUCUCAAGUUAUGAACAAUGGUUCUGGUCAUGAGAAUAAUGCAGUUGUCUCUCCAGCAAUGCUCCCCAACACCCAUAACUCAGUGGAAUCUGACUUGGGCUCUGGCGUUGUUUACAAAGCAUUGGAUCACAUACCUGGGUUAGCUACUCGAUCAGUUCCUAAUGUGCAACAACAAAACAUCUUUGACCCAAUUGGGAGUGUUGGACUACCCACACAACCUCUGCAGGAAUCUAUUUCUGAUGCCGAGAACAUGACUUCCAAUCCUCCAUACCAAUUGUGGCAGGGUAUAACAUCUACAACUGCUUCAGACGAUAAACUGAAGAAACAGGAUGAAAAUAGUGGAUCUGGUAGCAUCUCAAGUGCCUACUCUCAAGGGGUAUUGAACAAUCUGACACAGGCACUGCAAUCUUCUGGUGUGGAUUUGUCCCAGGCCAGCAUCUCGGUUCAAAUUAAUGUCGGGAGUCGAGUAGACAGUGGACUGACAUCCAUGGCAUCUAGUUCAAAGGCACAAUUGAACCAAUCCUUGAACAAUCAAAUGACACAGACCCAAGUAAGCAGUUGUGAUGAGGACUUUGAACCGGCUCAUAAGCGGCUCAGAACAGGAGAAAGCUAGAAUAUCUGGGUUCCAGUUUUUCUUAAUUUCCUUGUUUUAUUGAGGGUGAAAAGGGGGCGCUCUUGGGCAGGUCACUUUUUGUUAAAAAAUUUCAUGGUCCACAGACAACUAGGUCGAAGUUCAAAUUGUAUAUGGUUUGUGCAUGAAUUUUCCUAGAUAGACGUGUUAGAUAUUCUUUUGUUUGUAGUUUGAAGUUUCAGAUGAAUGAUUCCAUGCAUGUAACAAGAAGCGGCUCUUAUGUUCUUUUCUGCCUUUUAAUGAAUUUUUUUACAUAUCAAUUUCAUCG